AUGUUUGAGGGAGGAUAUUUCCAGUAUGGGUGCGGUUCGGCUUCCGGACUGGCCACAACUGUCGUUCGAGCUGCGUCGGGGAGGGAACCGUUGGACCUUGUCACCGUUUCGAUAAAAUUGACUGCGACGGUCACGCCUCUGUCAAGGCCUACCACGCUGGCCUCGGAGCCAUCAAGGACGUCGGACUCUAGCACGGAUUUGAAGUCGCAGGUGGCCAGUGGCGAACCGUCAAGUCCAUCUGAAACGAACGGCGGUGCUGCACCAAGUAGCAAGGGAAGCAGUUCCAAGAACACAGGAGCCAUCAUAGGAGGCACGAUUGGGGGAGUUGCUGCCUUCCUUGCUCUCGGCGCUCUAGUUUUGCUCUUGUGGAGACGAAAGUCGAGCAAUGUCCGUCGUGGCCCAGGAUAUGAGAAGGAUACCAGAUACAUCAGCCCAAUGGCAGCAGCAGCACAUCCAGAGUUUGAGCCACUCCCAUCCUCGCACGACGCUUCCGAGGCCAGACUCGACACUGCAAAGUCCCACACCACCCCGUCGCAAAGAAUAUCAGAGAGUGUUAGUCCCGAGAGCAGCCUUCGGAGUAAUCCUCCGCUGCAACCAUACAGUCACGAUGCCGCGCCCGCGGCAGCCAGGAGAAGUGGUGACGCCACCUGUGAUUCCGAUCGCGUGCCAUUAACCAGGGAACUCGAAGACUUUUCUCACGGAUUUAACUCGGCGUUGGAAGGUAUAGAGACCGACAGCGACGUCGAAGCAAACCAAAACACCAUGGCGACAUAUCCCGGACCUCGCAGAGCCGGCGGCCGCGGCGGUGGCGGGGUGCUCUGGCAACAAAACCGGAGACGCAGCAGAAACCUAGCCUGGAUGUAA